AUGUCUUUUGCUGCCACCGUGAUUGGAGGCUUAUUCAUCUAUAAUCACAAGGGGGAGGUGCUUAUCUCCCGGGUCUACCGAGAUGACAUUGGGAGGAAUGCAGUGGAUGCCUUUCGGGUCAAUGUUAUCUACGCCCGGCAGCAGGUUCGCAGCCCCGUCACCAACAUCGCUCGCACCAGUUUCUUCCAUGUCAAGCGGUCCAACAUCUGGUUGGCAGCUGUCACCAGGCAGAAUGUCAAUGCUGCCAUGGUCUUCGAAUUCCUCUAUAAGAUGUGUGACGUAAUGGUUGCCUACUUCGGCAAGAUCAGCGAGGAGAACAUCAAGAACAAUUUUGUGCUCAUAUAUGAGCUGCUGGAUGAGAUCCUGGACUUUGGCUAUCCACAGCAUUCAGAGACAGGAGCACUGAAAACCUUCAUUACUCAGCAGGGUAUCAAGAGCCAACAUCAGACAAAAGAAGAGCAAUCCCAGAUCACCAGCCAGGUGACCGGGCAGAUUGGCUGGAGGCGGGAGGGCAUCAGGUAUCGCCGGAAUGAGCUCUUCUUGGAUGUGCUGGAGAGUGUGAACCUCCUCAUGUCCCCCCAGGGGCAGGUGCUGAGCGCCCAUGUGUCAGGCCGGGUGGUGAUGAAGAACUACCUGAGUGGCAUGCCUGAGUGCAAGUUUGGGAUGAAUGACAAGAUUGUCAUUGAGAAGCAAGGCAAAGGCACAGCUGAUGAAACAAGCAAGAGUGAGAAGCAAUCGAUUGCCAUCGAUGACUGCACCUUCCACCAGUGUGUGCGACUCAGCAAGUUUGACUCUGAACACAGCAUCAGAUUCAUCCCACCAGAUGGAGAGUUUGAGCUAAUGAGGUAUUGUACCACCAAGGACAUCAUCCUUCCUUUCCAGGUGAUCCCACUAGUGCGAGAAGUGGAACGCACCAAGCUGGAGGUUAAGGUGGUUAUCAAGUCCAAUUUCAAGCCCUCAUUACUGGCUCAGAAGAUUGAGGUGAGGAUCCCAACCCCACUGAACACAAGCGGGGUACAGGUGAUCGGCAUGAAGGGGAAGGCCAAGUACAAGGCCAGCGAGAACGCCAUCGUGUGGAAGAUCAAGCACAUGGCAGGUAUGAAGUAAUCGCAAAUCAGCGCAGAGAUUGAACUUCUGCCCACCAAUGACAAGAAGAAAUGGGCUCGACCCCCCAUUUCCAUGAACUUUGAAGUGCCAUUCGCACCCUCUGGACUCAAAGUGCGCUACUUGAAGGUGUUUGAACCGAAGCUGAACUACAGCGACCACGAUGUCAUCAAAUGGGUGCGCUAUAUUGGCCGCAGCGGCAUUUAUGAGACCCGCUGCUAGCUGCCUAGUAGCAGCUAGCCUGUCUCCC